UCCACGGAGCGAGGGACGCUCGCGGUGUCUGUCCGUGGCAGCAUGUCCACAGUGAUGAGUGGCUUCGGGAACAUGGCGAGUCUCGCGGAUUUCGAGCCGCUCGCGGCGGUGAUUCCCGCCACGAAAGUUGAGAUCACCGUGUCGUGCAGAAACCUCUUGGACAGAGACACCUUCUCAAAAUCUGAUCCAAUUUGUGUGCUGUACACUCAGACUGUGGCGAACAGGGACUGGAGAGAGUUUGGCAGGACAGAAGUCAUCGAUAACACAUUGAAUCCAGAUUUUGUGCACAAAUUCAUCCUCGAUUACUUCUUUGAAGAGAGACAAAAUUUGCGCUUUGAUCUGUAUGACCUUGACUCAAAGAGUGAAAACCUGUCCAAACAUGACUUCCUGGGCCAGAUGUACUGUACUCUCGGAGAGGUGGUGGGCUCUCAGGGUAGUCGUAUGGAAAGAUCCCUUGUAGGAAUUCCUGGGAAGAACUGUGGAACUAUUAUUGUGAAAGCUGAAGAACUUGGAAAUUGCAGGGAGUCAGUAUUGAUGCAGUUUUGUGGCAACAAACUUGACAAGAAAGAUUUCUUUGGAAAGUCAGACCCUUUCUUGGUCUUUUACCGUAGCAAUGAAGACGGAACAUUUACCAUCUGUCAUAAGACGGAGGUGGUGAAAAACACGCUGGACCCUGUAUGGCAGGCCUUCAAGAUCCCGGUCAGAGCACUGUGUAACGGGGACUAUGACAGAGCAAUAAAAAUCGAGGUUUAUGACUGGGACAGAGAUGGAGGUCAUGACUACAUUGGUGAGUUCAGCACCAGCUACAGGGAGCUCUCUAAAGGCCAAUCUCAGUUUACUGUGUGGGAGGUGCUGAACACCAAGAAAAAGAAAAAGAAGAAGAAAUAUCUAAACUCAGGAACCGUCACUCUGCUGUCCUGCUUCAUUGAUAUCGAGGUUACGUUCCUGGACUACAUCAAAGGAGGGUCAGUAUUUGUGUGUGUGUGUGCACUUUUACAAUCCUUUUGAACAAAGAUAUAGAUAAAUGUAAUUAAUGCAUAACUACAUACCAUAGUUUUAUACCAGAUGAAAGCUAU